UCUUGUUUACUCUGAUGUUCCGUGUGGACUCGGGUAGCGCAGCGCAGCCGCCAAGUAAAGCAGUUUGUCGUUGGAUGGUAUCCCCUGUCUGGGGGGCUGACACCAGCAGACAUUGGGCGGAUUGCGAGCAAGCACGUCAAAGUGACCGUGUCCGGCAAAAACUCCUUGGCACCUGGCAAAGAACGCGCGAACAGCAGCGCUCGAUCUAAGCGAACGCGUGAAAGCAGCAUCUCGGAACCCGCUAUGAACAACGCUCUCAGCCCCAAUGACAAAGACAGCAAUCGCGCAGACCUUCCCGAAGCGAUGGAUACGCAAGAAGGUGAUGACCACGCAGCGGUCCAGCAGCAGCCGCCUCCCCCACAGCCGCCGCAGCCGCCACCCUUAGCGGCUCCUCAACCUCCGCCGGCUCCGAUUGCCGCGCCGGAGCCGCCGGCCUUCAACGCCGUCUCCAACUUGGCACAGGCCGGCGCAGACGACGAUCCGAUGGGCGGUGGGGGGGCUGGGACGCGUCUGAUGGAGCCCGCGGAAGAGCCGAUGGAAGAGGAAGACGAGGCUCGUCCGGGGGCUACAUUUCGCUUCGUCGUCCCAGAGUUCUCCCGCCUCAAGGAGUCCCUACUCAGCCCACCUACCUAUGUGCGCAACUUGCCGUGGAAAAUCAUGGUGAUGCCACGUACCAACACAGGCAACGACCGACAGCCGACGAAGAGCCUCGGCUUCUUCCUACAGUGCAACGGCGAGUCCGAGUCAUCAACGUGGUCCUGCAACGCCAAUGCCGAGCUGCGUCUAAUUAGUCAGAAAGAGGGCGUCGAAAACUUUGUCAGAAAAAUUCAGCACCUUUUCUAUGGCAAGGAGAACGACUGGGGUUUCAGCCACUUCAUGACUUGGAGUGAUGUCUUGGACCCCGAGAAAGGCUUCAUCGUGGACGACACCAUCAUCCUCGAAGUUUGGGUGUGCGCCGAUGCUCCACACGGCGUCAGCUGGGACUCCAAGAAGCACACAGGAUACGUGGGCCUCAAGAACCAGGGCGCCACCUGCUACAUGAACUCAUUACUACAGACGCUGUUCUUCACGAACCAGUUACGAAAGGCUGUGUACCAAAUGCCCACCGAGAGCGACGACUCGUCCAAGAGCGUGGCCCUGGCGUUGCAGCGGGUGUUUUAUGAGCUGCAGUUUUCCGAUCGACCCGUCGGCACCAAGAAGCUCACAAAGUCCUUUGGGUGGGAAACCUUAGACUCGUUCAUGCAGCACGACGUUCAAGAGCUCUGCCGAGUGCUGCUGGACAACAUGGAGAGCAAGAUGAAGGGCACCUGCGUGGAAGGGACGAUCCCGCGCCUCUUCGAGGGCAAGAUGAUCUCGUUCAUCAAGUGCAAGCACGUAGAGUACACGUCUCGGCGCAUGGAGCCCUUCUACGACAUCCAGCUCAACGUCAAGGGAAAAAAGAACAUCCACGAGAGCUUCCAGGACUACUGCGCCACCGAGUCGCUCGACGGCGACAACAAGUAUGACGCCGGCCAGUUUGGACUCCAGGAAGCCGAAAAGGGCAUCAUCUUCGCCUGCCUGCCGCCCGUGGUGCACCUACACCUGCUCCGCUUCCAGUACGACCACGUGACGGACAACAACAUCAAGAUCAACGACCGCUUCGAGUUUCCUGAGCGGCUCAACCUCACCGAGUUCCUCACCGAGGGCGGAGCCAACGCGGGGGGGCCGGCCACCUACACGCUGCACGCGGUGCUCGUGCACAGCGGGGACAACCACGGGGGCCACUACGUGGUGUUCAUCAACCCGCGCGGCGAUGGCCGCUGGUGCAAGUUCGACGACGACGUCGUGUCGCGCUGCACCAAGCAGGAGGCCAUCGACCACAACUUUGGUGGCACCGACGAGGAUGUGGCCGUCAGCCGGCACUGCACCAACGCCUACAUGUUGGUCUACAUACGGGACAGUGCCAUUAAUGAGGUGCUACAACCAGUCACAGAGAACGAUAUCCCCGAACAGUUGGUUGAGAGGCUUCAGGAGGAAAAGCGUCAGGAGGCCCUGAGGAGGAAAGAACGAAACGAGGCUCACCUCUACAUGGGCGUUCAGGUGCUCACCGAGGACAACUUCACCGGUCACCAGGGCAAUGACCUCUACGACCCUGAAAAGGCCAACUAUAGGAACUUCAAGGUAAAAAAGCUGGCGACGCUGCGAGAGUUGCUGGAGUUGGUAGCGGAACAGAUGGGCUACCCGUUGCAAGGCAUCCGGCCCUGGGCCAUCACGUACCGCUCCAACCAGACCUUUCGCCCGGCCGCCAUCGACCUUGAGGCCGACCUUAACAAGACGGUCAUUGAUCUGUCGGAAAAUUCGAACCCAUGGACGAUCUUCGUGGAAACGAUAGCCCCUGACCAGAACAUUGACCGCCUUCCGGACUUUGACAAGGAGACAGACGUACUGCUCUUUUUCAAAAUGUACGAUCCUCGGCUGAAACAGAUUGCAUACUGCGGCCACGUUUACAUGCCCAUCGUGGCCAAGGCCAAGGAGCUGCUGCCAUUGCUAAACAAGCGAGCCGGUUUCCCAGCUGAUACGGAAUUGGUGCUGUAUGAGGAAGUAAAGCCGAACAUAGUGGACAGGAUUGAAGACCUGGAGCUUCCGCUGGAAAAGGUUCUGGAGGAACUGAUGGACGGUGACAUCAUUGUCUUCCAGAGGCUUGACCUGAACGUGGACGAGUACGAACUGCCUACCGUCAAAGACUACUUCAGGGACCUCUUCUAUCGGGUCGAAGUGACGUUCUGUGAUAAAAUGAUCCCCAACGACCCCGGAUUUACGAUGGAGCUUUCGCUAAAGAUGAACUACGACCAGAUUGCGCGGGCCGUGGCACAGCGGUUAGGCACAGACCCUUAUUUAUUACAAUUUUUCAAAGUUCAGAGUUACCGUGAAGGUCCCGGUAACCCGCUGAGGUGUACAUACGAGGGAACGCUCAAGGACCUGUUAGUGUUCUUCAAGCCAAGGCAACCCAAGAAAAUCUAUUACCAACAGUUGAGCAUACGAAUAAACGAACUCGAGAGCAAAAAGCAGUUCAAGUGCAUCUGGGUGAACAACAAGUUCAAGGAAGAGAAGGAGUUGGUCCUCUACCCGAACAAGAACGGCUGUGUUAGUGACCUGCUGGAAGAGGCACGCAAGCAGGUGGAGCUCUCGGAGGAUGGUUCGGGGAAGCUCAGGCUGAUGGAGGUGAUCAGCUACAAGAUCUUCUCUAUCCAGCGGGAGGACGUCCCACUGGACAGCCUGAGCCAGGCCAACUCGAAAUCGUAUCGCAUCGAGGAGAUCCCCCGGGAGGACCUCAUCGUGGCCGACAACGAGAUCCUCAUUCCGUGCGCCCACUUCCAGAAGGUUCAGCGGAGUCGCGACUAUCAGAGCGAUUCGCCCGACGACACUAUUACUUGUAAACAAGAAAUCUUCUCAACCUUUGGUGUACCGUUCAUGCUAAAGAUUAAGCAUGGAGAACCCUUCGCAAAAGUCAAGGACAGGAUCCAGAAGAAGCUGGAUGUCCCCGACAAAGAGUUUGAAAAGUACAAGUUCGCCAUCGUGGUGAUGGGGCGCGCACAGUUCAUCGAAGACAACGAGUAUGUCGUCAACCUGUCCGACUUCAUGGCCCAGGCGCCUCAAGCAACAGCAAUGCACCCGCGGCCGUGGUUGGGCAUCGAGCACGUCAACAAGGCGCCGAAGCGGUCUCGCUACAACUACCUCGAGAAGGCCAUCAAGAUCCACAACUGACCAGCACGGGCCUCCAUCUCAACCAGGAGGUGAGUUGCAGCGGAGACGCCAGGUGCGCUUGAGGAUGAUGACACUUGCACGCCACCACCACCAUCGGAAAAGAGGAGCUGAACUGUUGUCGUCCCCCUCCGGCAUCUGGCAAACGACGACGGCAGGUGGCACUCGGCAAAAGCAAUGGGCGGUGGCAAAAGGCGUGCACGCCGCCGCCUUUGCUGCGCCGAGAGAAGACGAAAAAAAAAAAAAGGAACGCUUUUCCACGGCAAUGGUGACGACGACGGCAGUCUCGCCGUCCUCCUCUUCCCUUGACAUCCUUUUUUAUUAUUAGUUUUUGGCAUCCUCUCUCUUCCCCUCUUCCGGCACGAUGGCUUCUCCUUUCCCGCGAACACUGCACUGUGGCCGACGGGGGAAAAGGACUGUGUGCUACCGCUGUGCGUAGGACAGUGUGCUACUCUUGCGGCCGGCGACCGAGUAACGGAACUGGGGGGGCGACGUUCUACGAUGGCAUAGAUUGAGCUUUUUUUUUUCUCUUGCUUCGUUUCAUCCGCUACUCACGGCUGUGACUCGCAUCUUGCUUCCGCGCUCCCCUCCGCGACCCCUGUCGCAUAAGGCUUCACCCCCUCUCCUGUCGUAGUGUUUCCAGAGUGUCCUCUUUUUUUUUCUUUUCUUGUGUCUCAAAAUAUUCCUAUGCACAGUGGGAGCUCUGUCUGUCUUUGUCGUUAAUCUCGAGGUUUUGUAUUUAUGCGUUUACUUUCGAGAGACAUGUAUAAAAACUGUACUUUAUUUACACCCAUCUCGUAAAUCCUCGCUUAUCUUUUACAAUAUCGAGGUCAAUCAGCUGGCCCACCUUUGUUUCAUAAAAUUUAACUGAAGCGCGUAAACUGGGCGGGCUGGUCUUAAUUCCGGUCUGUCCAUUCCCCCCCCCCCCCCCCACCUUUCAUAAUUAUCAAGUUCUCCCGAGAAUCGCUGUGUUCUACCCAGCUGAAUGAAUUUUUUUAGAGUUUUUCUACCUGGUUGGCAGGGUUUCUGCCGCCUCGAAUAGUCGCGCGUUUUAAGCGCUCAUUCCUUGGUUUUGGCUUUUAGGCCUGUACAGUGCUAGUCUCCUUAAGCUAACCCCCUUUUUUUUUCUAAUUGCUGCCAAAGUCCCAAAACAUUUAACGUGAGGAUAACUGCCGCGCCGACUGCACACUUGGCGGAGAAUGUUUUUUUAUUCUUCCAAUUAUGUUUUUCUCCAAUCGCCAUCAUUCUUCAGCCCAGAAAUGAACUUUUCCUGUUAGCGACGCUUGUUUUUUUUUUUUUUACUUUGGUCUGGCCAGAAGUUUGUUCAUUUGGAAAUUAUCUUCUUAAUUAGCAGCAUUCUAAUGAACCAGUGCAUUAGUGACAGCUGCAGCGCAUGCGGUGCCAUUUCAUGUUAGUUUGGGCAACAAGAUCUCUGAACAGCCGUGCAAUGUUCUCUCGAUAAAAAGGGGCAAACGCCAAACAAAUCCACUUCAUUCGUUGCUGCUGCUGCCAAUGCAUCUGCACCAGUCGAUGGGUUUAAUGGGAUGCAAUUGGUGUUUAGCAUUCGUUUUGUGUGCCCUAGUUAGCAUGAUAAGAUGGCACCAACAACGGUGCUGCAAGUCUUUCCCUUCAUGGUUUGCUGGUGUUCAAGUGAAGCGAGUUUUUCAGAGUGUCAAGGUAUGUUCCAACAGUGUUUCUGCUGUUACUUUCUGAUCUAAUCUUGUAAAGAAAACUUUAUUUGUAAAAGCUUUGGCACUUUUUGUUUUGUAGAUUUUUUUUCUGUAGAGAUUGUGUUGUGGUGUAGGAUCUUUGCAACCUAAACGUGCCACGCAGUUUUGCUGGUUUUACGCCUUUGUUAUGCCCUGUUACCUGUCUAAACAUUAUUCGCAGUUGCAGCGAAAAUUGUUUGUUUUUUCAGACAGCAGUGCGCACCCUUUUACUGUGGCACUGACUUACAUGUGGUUUCCUUCAGUAAAGAUAACGGGGAAACAAAAAAAAUAAUAUCCACUUAUUCGUGGAUACGCCGUAUAGAGAAAGUAAUUUAGCGCCAUUGACUGUACACUCAUUGGAGGGUGUUAGUUGCGUCACUAAAGGGUAUGAAAUGUUACUGUUUUCAAGAAAGUAUCUGAGUUUCUAGAAAAAAAAACAAACUGAAGUGUACCACAGUUGUCUGUCAGUGCGUGGAAACGUACGGCAUCCAUUGUUUGCAACACCAUGUGAAAUGCCUGAUGUACAUAUUCAGUUGCGAGCAGCUAGAUGUUACCAGCGGGUGGCCUCAGUGCAAGCAAUUGUGUUUUGAGCGGAGCCGACAGAGAAGUGUGAUGUGUUUUUUAAGAUGGCAGGGGCAUGUUGUCCGAGUGCAGGAGAAAUGUUGAUAAAUGAUUGUGGUCGCUGCACAUCUCGGUUCUUAUUAUUUUUUUUUUUUUCGAUCGUUUGCCUUCAGUUCCAUGUUCUACACUGCCGCUCGUGGCAACCGAACAUGGAUCUUGCAAUGCAGCGUGCUUAUAGAACACUGCCUCACGCGCACUCUGCAAGAUAACUCGCACCGUUAAGGGCGCUUCCGUCGCACACCGGUAAUAGCCAUACUUCUAUGCGUUUUCUUACAUGCACGUUACAUGCAUGGCGCAGCAUUUUGGAUUAGAGCGUAUUAUAUUUAGCGCACUGUUCAGAGCAAAUAAAUGCGAGCAAGAAUGGACAAACGCUAAUUUUCGGACACAGAUGAACCUCGAGCAGUGUAAUUGCAAAGUACACAACGAUGGGUGUUUUACACCACCUAAGCUGUGUUAAUUGGAUAGAUAGGAGGGUGUAAAUGCAUUAGUGUGACCUCUGAGGUUUUUUUACACCAUACAAGGUAAAAAUGGGGCAAAUACGCUUCAAAUGGUGUCAAGUGCAUCAGUGUGCUCGGUCGAACAUUCUACACUGUUUGAGGUGUAAAUCUAUGCUCAGUUAAUGUUUUUUUUUGCUUGAAAUGCAGUAUACGGGGUGUGCAUGCACACAAAUUUAAUUAGAUAACGCAAGUCCUUGGUGUUUAACAUUUUGAUCUUUGGCUACAAAACUUGCACCUUAGCAUUAAGUAUCGCGAAAAAAAAAGUGUAAACAUGUGGUUUAUAUACAGGUUUAAUAGGUUUAUACAUGUUUUAAUUUGUCAUCGAGGUGCAUAAAUAAUGACAGACUUACUGUAGUAGACAGUUGUAGGCGCUUUGCUUGUUUUACAGAAUUUUCAGUG